AUGCAAAGUUGUAUGGCUGUUGUUUUGUUUAGAAAUAUUGCUAAAGUUAUUUGUGAAUAUGGUACUAGAUUGCUUUCAUUACCUCCAGUUCCAAAAGAACACCAUUACAAACAACGUAUUAAAAACACUGGUGUUUGUUGUCAAAUAAUUAAAAAUGUUUUGGCUGGGAAUUAUUUACCUUUUGGUGUUUUUUAUAUUUAUGGAGAUACUUGUAUGACUGACACUUUGGAUAUUACUUUUAAAUUAUUUUAUAAAUUACAAGAAGAAAAUUUUUUGGUUUAUCCUAAAUUGACCCAAGCAGUUUAUGGUUUUCUAGACAUUGUGACUAAGGACUGCACGGCAUACAUUUCAAAAAUGGAAGAAAUUUAUUUUAUUGCAAUAUUUCGAGCUAUUCAUCGCGGUAUUUGUUCUGUAGGUAAGACAAUUUUUUACUUGGCAAUAGUUUUUUGGUUCCAGGAUAUGUCAACAACAUUUACUAAUAAUUUGGGAAUUAAUAAUAAUUUAUCGUCAUUUUCAUCUUCACCUUUCUCCAAUAUUUCUUUUGCUGACACAACAGCAAUUUCAACAAGUUGUUCAAUUCUUGAUCAAGUUAUUACUUAUGUUUUUGAACAAUUAACACAACAACCGGGAACAACAAGUAUGAUACAAUUAUAUAGGGAGCCAGAAGGUGAUAGAUGGAGAACGGCUUUUGAAAAACAACCAAAUGUUUUGUAUGAGAUGCUUGUUUCAAUUCUUUCCCAAAUAUUGUUUGAAGAAGUAAAAUGUCAAUGGUCAAUGUCUCGUCCACUACUUGGCUUAAUUAUUUUAACAAGAGAGUCUGGCCGUUUUGAUGAAUGUAAAAGAGAAUUUCUUCGUCAACAACCAGAAAAUUAUCAAUUGGAAUUGGAUAAGGCAUUUACUCGCCUUAUGGAUGGAAUAGCCAAAAAUGUGACCUUAAAAAAUAAAGAUAAUUUUACUCAAAAUCUGAGCACAUUUCGUAAAGAGGUUGAUAUAAUCCUUAGAGGUGGAACUGUUGUUUCUUCUUCUACAGAUAUUCCGGUAACUACAAGUAUAGGGUCUGAACAAGAAUAUACGGAUAAUAUGACUGAUUAA